AGAAGACGAGACAAGACGAGAGAAAUGUAUGGGGAGAAAAGACGCGAUUUUAGCGUUUCUUGGGGUUUCUUGGAGUGUUUAAAACGAGAAUCUUGCCUGCAAUCAUAAGCACUGCCCGUAUUUCUACCCCGAGGAGGUGGUUCGUCAUCACUUCGGACUGUUUCAUCCACACCCAUAAAGUGAUUGAGACCUUCAGUGAAGCUCCUCCUACAACAAUCCACCAAUAACACACAGAGAAAUCAUUUCAUGUGUGACAACUGAAAUCUUCAUGACUUAUUGUUGGUGCUGGUGAAAGAGGAGCUUGAGAAGAUGAAAGAUCCACAACCAUGCAGAAUAAAGACUGAAGAAACUGAAGAACAAAUAGAUAUGAUAAAAGUGAAAAAGGAGAGUCACGAUGAAGUGGAUGAGAAACAUCAGAUUGUAAAAAUAAACCCUAAUGUUUCACAGAAAGGAGCUCUGAGAACAGAAGACAUAAAGUGUGAAAAAGGUUUCAGUCAAGAUGGACGCCCUGAGGAUCACGAGAGGACUCACAGCGAGGAGAAGCCGUUCACAUGUCAUCUGUGUGAAAAGAGUUUUAGAGUUAAAAGUGAACUUGAGACUCACAUGACAAUUCACACUGGAGAGAAACCACACGUGUGCCAUAAGUGUAAAAAGGGUUUUGUAUCUACAAGUAGCCUUGAGAAUCAUUUGAGAAUUCACACUGGAGAGAAACCUUACAAGUGUCUUCAGUGUGGAAAGAGUUUUAAAUGUUCAAGUGACCUUACGAGACACACAAGAAUUCACACCGGAGAGAAACCUUACAAGUGUCUUCAGUGUGAAAGGAGUUUCACAGUUGAAUCUACCCUUACGAGACACACAAGAAUUCACACUGGAGAGAAACCACACGUGUGCCAUAAGUGUAAAAAGAAUUUUGUAUCUACAAGUAGCCUUGAGAAUCAUUUGAGAAUUCACACCGGAGAGAAACCUUACAAGUGUCAUCUGUGUGGAAACCGUUUCACAGUUGAAUUUAGCCUUAAGACUCACAUGAGAAUUCACACUGGAGAGAAACCUUACACAUGUCUUCAGUGUGGAAAGAGUUUCACAGUUGAAUCUACCCUUACGAGACACACAAGAAUUCACACCGGAGAGAAACCACACCUGUGCCAUGAGUGUGGAAACCGGUUUAGAACCUCAGGUACCCUUAAUAAACAUUUGAGAAUUCACACUGGAGAGAAACCUUACACAUGUGAUUUGUGUGGAAACAGUUUUAGAGAUAAAAGUAGCCUUAACAUACAUGCAAGGAUUCACACCAGAGAGAAACCUUACACAUGUGAUUUAUGUGAAAAGAGUUUCAGAGUUAAAAGUAGCCUUAACAUACAUGCAAGGAUUCACACCAGGGAGAAACUGUUCACAAACCAUGAGUGUAAAAAGUUUCAGAAGUAAAAUGAACCUUAACACUCUAACUGGUGCAGCUCUUUUUGAGGUGGGGGGUGGUGAAAAGGUGAUGUGUACCUUCAAAUUAAUAUAAUUCUGGCAUAUUUUUGGUCUAGAACAAGCGUGCCGCACAAGCCCUGAAAAGUGAAGCCAAAACAUCUCGAUUGUUGCACUUCAAUUAUCUUUUUUCCAAAGCUGGUUUCUGUCAUUUACUGUAGUUUUUAUCACGCUGAUGUAAAUUCAAGUGUUUGUUUUUAAAAUAAGUUUGUUUAGUUAUUUAAUGCUAUAAAACGGUGGGGUCACAUCAUGAUUGACAGCUGUGAUAUGCCGUUCUGCGAGGGCGGGGCCUUGAUUUUGCUCACUACUGUGCAGGGGCCCGUUCUUCGUACGUCGCUUAAUACAUCCGAGAUCAAAUGAGACAUCCGAGAAGUUUAGAUCUGGCUAAUUAUAAUCUCGCUUAUUUGGUUCUUUGAACACCACUGCUGUUGAUGAUUAUUAUGGCAGGAUUGAAUUAUCUGAGAUCACUGCGCGUUCGUGCACUGCAAGAAAAGUCAAUACAUAUCGAUAGUAGAAACACUGAUCAGCCACGCUGUGAUUGGCCAGUUGUUACAAUGGCCAAGAACACGCCCAUUUUUAACCCCUGCAGUCUGAGAGCUAUUGAUGGAAGGUUGUGAACUUUUUAUGUGACUGAAUUUAAAAACCCAGUUAAAGCUACUUUAGUACAUAAAUCACCAUAAAUAAUUCAAAAUUUUCUGUAAAAAUAUAAUCUUGAUAUCUUUACUAUGCUUGUCAAAGAUUGAAAUUAAUGAUUGUAAUUAAAAUUUGAUGCUCCUAAAGUACUUUAAGUCUCUUUUAAAAACAGUUAAAUGCUAUUUUGUCUGUUUGUAACAGCAACUUAAAAAGCAGAAUAAAAAAACACAGGUGGUGGCCCUCCAUCUUCAUGUGAUGUGCUGGCAGGAGUGAUGUCUCUAAACUGAUUGAUUGUACAGAUCAUCUGUGGAGCAGUUGCUCUUUCUUAAACCGACAGCCAAUGCAACAAUUUAAUUCCUGAUAAAUAAAAUUUUAAUUGUAGUGUAGUAUAAGAUAGUGUUUUCCUCUCUUUUGUGCAGUUGUAGAUAAUACACCAACACUUUUAGCAGUUUCCAAUAAUGUGGUAAAUAAAGUAUGAUGUGCAGUAAGGGAAUGGUAAUGUUAUUCUACAUCAAAAGAUUAUAAAAUACAACCGUUUCUGAUAGCAAUGCACAUGACAGUAAAGAAAUCCUCUCAGAUGGUAGUCCUUUAGAGAAACUAUAUGCAAGUGGUUAAAUAAGUUUACUUCAAUUGCAUUAUUCUUAACUGAUUUCUGACUAUAUUAGCAGUAUUCCACGUUAACCGAAAGUCCUGCAUCUGCUGAGUCUGCACAGAAAAGUGUAGUAAAGAAGAUAAAGAUAUGUGAAAAUAUGUGCAAAAAACUUAUUUGGUUAUUUUGGUCAUUUUUGUCACAGAACAGGGACAGGGUAACAUAUUUGUAGACAACGUUUUAAAGAUAGAACAGAUAGAAAUUACUAAACGAAAACCCUUUUUAUGCAUGACAUUGAAAGCUACUUGACAAUCUAAAGACAAAACUAAAAUAGGAGAUUAGUUUAUUCAAAUGAAAAUUAUUUCACACUGAGUAAUAGUCUUUAUUGUACACAUGGAUUAAAGUUUUCCGUCGCUAGACGGAUUUCCGUCAAUUGCAAAAUUAUUAGAUUCAUUUUUCAUAAAGACGACGUGUAUUCACCUUUUUUUAAGUUGGAUGUGAUCAAAGCCUGGAGUGGAGCCAAAUCACGUUCCUCUCUCCACUCUAAGCGGUCUGUAAUCAUACGCACAGAAUCCACUCCGGGUUUUCUGACUGUAUCACGUUAAGCUGAGGUAAAACUUUUUUCAGCUAUGGACAAACUUGUAAUGCAGAAAGGCUCCGAUGUUUUGGCGGUUGAUAAAGGUGUAAAAGACCAAUGGAGAUUGACUUGGCUUAGCGAAAUGAUGAAGAUUGGCAAGCCUUUCAUUUCGUGGGAUAAGAAAAUCAAACCGCCAGGUAAUUUACGUGUCUUUGCGAUUAGGGUUCCUGUAUUUUGGGGGUAAAUGAUUUCUCACGUACGUGAUUACCCGCGUCCCGUUUUUGACUGCUAUGCUCAUCAGGCCAGUUGCUGAUACAACGGGUUUAUUAAACUCGUGGGUAAACUUUAUGUGGCGCCACAAGAACCAGGAGGCAAAUGACAUCCAUAUCCCGUGAGAGCGAUUUCAGGAAUCUUAAGAGGAGACUGCUUCUGGUGUUCUCGCGUCACUUUGAUGUCAUCCACCUGUCGGUUCUUGCAGUUUCAUUUGCGUGUGGUCUCAAAAAACGUAAAAUUUGCACACAAAAAUGCGCCGCAGUUUAUAAACAAGUGAUAUAUUAAGCCAUUCAAACACAAACAACAGUGCUAACGUUAAAUGCAUCCGCUGUUUGUGUGUCAGAGCUGAACACAUAAGCCGCGCAUUCGCUUCAUUGAGCUUGUGAGUAUUUUUGCCACUUUAUGGCCUUAAAUACAAAUAGCGUCAAAAAUCCCGUCUUUGCAAGUAUCCUCAUAUAAACACGACCAUUUAGGUCUUAGGAGAAAGUAAACUGCAGAACCAUUGCGCUUAAAAUAGCACAUCAGCGCUGCCUCUACUGUAACAUAAUAUUUUGUUGAUAAAGGUACAGUGAUCCUGUGCGCGUAUUGUACACGAGUUUAACUCGAGUUACUCGUUCAGGGUUUAUAUUUAUAACGUUACUGUAUAGCUGUGACUGUAAACUGUUGUGUGAACAGAACAGACCCUGGAUUAUUCGUUUAUGUGUACUUAAUAAUAUGAUAUUAAAAAGUUGUAUUUCUUCACAUUAGUAAAUGCAUUAUGAACAAAUAAUUUGAAAUAUAGAGUAUAUAAGCAUUAAUGAAUUCUUGUUUAUGUCAUUACAUUAAUUGAUGGUUGUUCAUGGUGCAUUCACUAAUGUUAACAGUUUCAACUCUGAUUUAAAACAUUGUUAGUAAAUGCUAAAAUAAAUACAUUUACAAUUAAUAAAUAAUUAAUAAAAGAUUCAUUAAAGGUGUUGAUAUUCAUGUUAUCUUUUUAUAUAGUCAGUUAUUUAGCUGUUUUGCCUUCAUCUCUUAAAUGCCAUGCAAACUACAGCAACCUAUAUAUGCCACAGGAGACUUUAAUAUGGAAUUAAUGGCAAAAAAAUCUCCCCUUAAAAUGCUAUUGGUCUCGCCUACAUAGAGUGUUAGUUAAAGGAAUAUGACUUGGCCUGAAAAAAAUUUCAGUCAGAAGAAUUUUUUUCACUUUAAUCCAUGUGUACAUAACAUCUAUUAGUGCUGGGUAUGAUUAAUUGCUGUUUUUAUUAAGGAAAAUUCAAACAAAUUUAAAAUGAAUGUGAUCAGCAUGUCAUUCGUUUAAGAAUAAUAAUCAAACACCUGUUACACAAAAACAAGUCGCACAAGUACAGAAAAAAUAUAUUUUUUAUAUUAUAUAUUUUUUAAAUAACAUCGCUAAAAGAUUUAAUUAUUAUAUUCUUUUUUUAUUACGUGUUGAAUUUGAAAAGCUCUUUAUAUUAAUCAUGCAUCUUACGCAGAUUGCGCUCGUAUAAUGAAGAAUAACCGACUGCGUCAGACUUUCCGUAUCACAUCUGCUUAAAAAGGUACAAACUAAUCUUCUUUACAUGAAAUAAGCCUGCUCCCGAGCAGGUUUGAGCAUACGGACCUGUUGCUAUGACACCAAGUUUAGAAUGAGCUUCGAAGAACCAAAUAAUCCAAGAUCAUGCCAAAUCAUCAACAAUCAAAUCCAGCUAACUGAGUUAGCGACGUACGAAGAACGGGCCCCAGGACUGGUCCCGAAAUCGCUACUGCGCAGACUCAAGAUGUCAGCGAUGUAUCUGGACAUUGGCGGCUUCACUUUUCACCAAUGGAAGAGAGCGAACCGGUGUCGUCCAUCUUUUUUACAGUCUAUGGUCUAGAAGCCUAAUUUUGGUCUUGUUUUAAAGAAGACACUUUAACGUUUUUUUUACCGAACUGUAGGACAAAUAAUAUAUUUUUUUCAUAGCAGUUUACAUUUAUUUGUAAUAAAUAAAAAAUGCAUUAUAGUAUUAUUUUAAUACAUAAAAUUAUUUAAAAAAAAACUGAGGUUUGUGUUGGUUUGCUGCAUACUCUUGUCACAAAUGAAUAAAUUACAGUUACUGCAUUACUUUCACUGCUUAAAGGUUUUGAAAUAUGAAAACUACAUUCAUAGACCUUUCCAACAAUAUGUAGUUUGUCAUGAUAGAUUAACAUUUACAUGAAAAAUAUUAAAGUAAACUUAGGUGUCCCUGUUUGCAUGUCCUCAGUGUGGUUAGUGUUUUAUGUGAGAAACAAGUUUCAGAAAUCACCAGCGCUUACAUUGUAAAGAUAAGACAUUUAACUCUUAUGGUAUUGCAUCAGAAGAUACACACCAAUGGUCAUGAGUGGACUUUUAGAUGUAAAGUAUUAAGCCAAGGCCACAACAAAAGAUUUUUUAAAUCUUAUCAGGUCUGAGACCACAAACAUUAUGAGAAAAAACUUUAAUUUACCAGUUUUGUUCCUAUAGUAUGUGGAUUACCGGUAUGUGGUCAUCACAGCAACCACACAUCUUCAAUUUCCCUCCACACAAGUUCACAAACAAUGCGAGUCUUGACGGAGAACACGGACGUCUCACAAUGUCUCUUAUGGUCAAACGUUACUUCACAGUAAAAAAACAUGAUGGACAAUGGUCAUAAAGAAAUUAAGGCAUUAAUACUCUGGACUACUUUUUACAUCUCUGAUGUCCAUCUGACUUUGGACUGUGCCUGUGCUACGUCAUAGCUGUAGUUGCUAUGGUUUCAUAUUUUAUCAACUUGCUUUCUGAUUAGGUAUUGUUUUGUUUCAUGUGACAAUGUACAGUGUGCGUGUGAGCCAGGGGCGGACUGGCCAUCGGGAAUUCCGGGAGCAAUCCCGAACGGCCGGAGGUCAAAAAGUUUUUUUUACGAUGCGCUACUGUACCUGCCUGACCGGCCGCUCAGCUACAGCGGAACGCUGUCUGUGUGUGUGUUUCAGAAUCAGGCCGGGCCAAACCAAUACUUCUAAUCUUGAGGGGGAAUAAGAGCGGCACCUCCCAACUUGGACUGAUCCUCGU